AUGGCUUCGUUGUAUCAGAGAUUUUCGGGGAAAAUCAACACGAACAAUUCCUUCCCGCACCCGCCGCCCGAAGCCAGCCGCCUCCUGGGGGGGCAGGUAACGGACGAGGAUAACGGCGGGAAGCCCCGCGAGCCGGUCCUCGUGGAGGCUCGGGUUCACGUGCCGUUCCGGAAGAAGAGGAGUGAGGACGAGGCUGACCUGGUCGGCAGCGCCCCCCCCCAGAGGAACUGGAAGGGCAUCGUUAUCGCCCUGCUCGUCAUCCUCAUCAUCUGCUUCCUCAUCGUCACCUCCGUCAUCCUGCUCACCCCGCGGGAAGAUGACAGCAUGGCCGGGAAGAAGAAGGUGACCGUGGAUGACGUGUUCGGCUCGGCUCUGCACAUCCAUCAACCUGAGGGCACAUGGCUGAGUGACAAUGAACUGCUGUUUCGCUCUAGGGACGGCAACGUGCUCAGAUUCAACGCGGACACACUGGAGAAGCACAUUCUGGUGAACAGCAAGAUGUUUGAAACAUACAAAGCCACCAAGUACCAGCUCUCCCCUGACAUGCAACACGUGCUGCUGGCCUACGGUGUGACUCCGGCCUACCGGCACUCCUACGCAGCCAGCUACAUCGUCUGCAGCCUCGUGAACCCGCAGACAUGGAGCCUGAGCCCACCUGAGGUAGGCCUGGCUCCCCUGCAGUACGCCGGGUGGGGCCCCAAGGGCCAGCAGCUGAUCUUCAUCUUCGAGAACAACAUCUACUACCGAGCGACGGUGGGCGGUCCUACCAUCCGGCUGGUCUCCACCGGAGAGGAGGGCGUCUUCAACGGCCUGGCCGACUGGCUCUACGAGGAGGAGAUCUUCAAGACCCACAUCGCCCACUGGUGGUCUCCCGAUGGACUCCGGCUGGCUUACACCACCAUCAACGACACCCUGGUGCCCAAGAUGGAGGUCCCCAUCUUCACAGGGGGCCCUUACCCCAACGGCAUGGAGUACCACUACCCCAAGGCGGGCGAGGGGAACCCCACCAUCAAGCUGCUGGUGGUGAGUCUGAACGGACCCCUUCACACGGUGGAGAUGGUCAAACCUGAAGACCCCAGGAUCAGGGAGUACUACAUCACCAUGGUGAAGUGGACCUCCAGCACCAAGCUGGCGGUGAACUGGCUGAACCGCGCGCAGAACAACUCCAUCCUGACGCUGUGUGAGGCCACCACGGGGGUCUGCAUCAAGAAACACGAAGAUGAGAGCGAGAGCUGGCUGCACCGGCAGAACGAGGCUCCGCUGUUCUCCCACGACGGGUUCAAGUUCUUCCUGACCCGGGCCAUCCCCCAGGGUGGUCGCGGGAAGUUCUUCCACAUAUCCAUGUCCAGCUCUAAGCCGAACUCCAGCAUCGACAUCCUCCAGUCCCUGACCUCGGGGGGCUGGGACGUGGACACCAUCCUGGCCUACAACCACCACGAGAACCUCAUAUACUUUCUGAGCACAGAGGACGACCCCAAACGAAGACACCUGUACAGGGCUAUAACCAUCCCUCCAUUCAACCGCUGCUGCCUGUCCUGCAACCACCAGUGUGGCUACGUGGACGGAACCUUCAGCCACAACAUGAAGUACUUCCUGCUCAACUGUAAAGGACCGAAAAUCCCAAGCGUGUCCAUCUACAGAACCGAGGGCUACAAGAGUGAGUCCUACGACCUUUCCUCCACCGCAGAGCUGUGUGACCUGGAGACCAACGAGGAUGCGAACACCUCCUUCGAGGGCAUGCAGAUGCCCCUGGUGGAGAACAAGACCAUCACCAUCGACGACUACUCGCUGACCGUGCAGAUCCUGAAGCCCGCCGUGUUCGAUGAAGCCGCGCUGUACCCCCUCCUGCUGCUCGUGGACGGGACCCCCGGGGGCCAGACGGUGACGGAGCAGUUCUCGGUGGACUGGGCCACGGUGCUGGUGAGCAGCUACAGCACGGUGGUGGUCCGCUUCGACGGCCACGGCAGCGGCUUCCGCGGCACCAACCUGCUGCACAGCGUCCGCAGGAGACUGGGUCGGCUGGAGGAGCAGGACCAGCUGGAGGCCCUCAGACUCAUAUCCAACGAGCCCUACAUCGAUAAGACCAGGAUGGGCGUGUUCGGAAAGGUGUAUGGAGGGUACCUGGCCACCGUGCUGCUGAGCUCGGAGGAAAUACAGCUCAAGUGUGGCGUUGCCGUCUCCCCCAUUACAGACUUUGAGCUAUACGCCUCAGCGUUUUCGGAACGCUACCUGGGCUCGCCGAAGACGGAGCCUCGCGUGUAUCAGAUGUCUAAUCUGGCAGUGCAGACCCACCAACUCCAGGACAAGCAGUACUUGAUAAUCCACCCCACGGCAGAUGAAAAGGUGCACUUCCAGCACUCGGCGAAAUUCAUCAGCCAUUUAAUCAGCCAGAAGAGCAAUUACAGCCUACAGAUCUACCCAGACGAGGGCCACUUCCUGCACAGUGCGGGGACACGGCGGCACCUGGGCCAGACGCUGGUCAACUUCUACGAGGAAUGCUUCCGGCUGCCGGACAUACCGUCUGAAGACGACGAAGAAGAGGAAGAAGACGACGACUAA